AUGGAGGCAGAUUGGGAUGAGAUCACUCGCAUCGCAGUGCCUUCGUCGGGACUGCAUGCGAUUCCUACUCCCGCCAGCGCGGUUACCUUUGAUGAUCUACAGGAACUUCUGUGGGUGGGCAACGAUCAGGGCCGAGUCACCUCAUUCUAUGGUCCCGAAUUGCAACGGUACGUUUCGGUCAAGGCUCAUCUGGGAGAAGGACCGGUUAAGCAGCUCUUGGUCCAUGAGAAGGGUAUCCUUUCCAUCUCGUCUUCCAGCGUCCAUUUCGUCACCCGCAGAGGCUUAACGCAAUGGCACAUCUCGCAUCGCCUGAUGACGGAUCUCCGAUGCAUGGCUUUUGCUGCCACCAACAAUCUCGUCGUCGUCGCGGGAUGCCAAAGCACCUUUUUCGUUAUCGAUAUAGACAAGGGCCAAAUUGUCUCCGAGCAUCCUGCCCAGGCGAAGUACACGAUCUUGAGAAAGAGUCGCCAUAUAUGUGCUGCAACUGAUGACGGCAACGUGCAUAUUCUUAGUUUAACCGACUAUCAACUCCUCAAGUCCUGGAAAGCCCACUCCAGCGCGGUCAAUGAUAUGGAUGCGCGCAACGACUUUCUUGUUACGUGUGGCUUCUCCGUCAGGCAACUGGGCGUGCCUAUCGUCGACCCGUUGGCCAACGUCUACGAUCUAAAGUCGCUCACAUCCCUGCCUCCCAUACCUUUUCAUGCGGGUGCCGCAUAUGCCCGCUUACAUCCGAAACUCCAAACCACCAGCUUCGUCGCGUCCCAAACCGGGCAAAUGCAGGUGGUGGAUCUGAUGAACCCUGUCAAUGUCAUGCUCAAGCAAGCAAACGUCCAGUUUAUGCUGGGAAUGGAAAUCGCCUCUUCGGGGGAUGCCCUGGUGAUCACUGAUUCAAACGGAUGGAUAUACCUUUGGGGGUCUCCCUCCAAAGUCCGCUUCAAUAACAUUAGCAAGGAAACAGAAUUUGCAGAUCCUCCUCCCCAGCAGAUUCCUCAUGUUGACUGGAAUGACUCACCACUCAACACCAUAGGCAUGCCAUACUACUCAGAACCUCUACUGUCAGCCUGGCCAAGUCAUAUGGUAUUUGAGGUUGGAGCGCCACCAGUGCCAAUCGAGCCAUCGUUGUUGUUUCACAUGCAGACUGCCGAGAUGGGCCACUACGCUCCCAAUCUGAAUCCUCGAAAGCUUCUCCGCUACCAGGUUGAAGAUACCAGGAUAGGUCAGGUGCCGGCUUCAAUCACUGCGCCCAAGUUUCUCAGCGAAAAGGCGAAAGAAGCUCCUGCCAAUGGAAACAACAGGAAGCUCUCUGAUGCCGCCGAAGGAUUGGCCGGAGUUUCUCUCAGUGGCCGGGCGCAAACCGAUGAGGAACGAAUGCUCAAAUAUAGUAAUGUCGAGAUCAAGUACAGCAGAUUCGGAGUUGACGACUUUGAUUUUCGAUAUUACAACAAGACCCCUUAUUCGGGACUGGAAACGCACAUUGCAAACUCGUUCAUCAACUCACUAUUACAGCUGUACAAAUUUGUUCCUCUUAUCCGCAAUGUGGCCAUCCAGCAUGCUGCCACAUCGUGCGUGGCAGCCCAGUGUCUUCUGUGCGAAUUUGGGUUUCUCUUCGACAUGCUGGAGAAAGCAAAUGGUCAGAAUUGCCAGGCGACCAAUCUUCUGAGGGCUUUUGGAGCCUCUAGGGAAGCUGCGAACCUCAGCCUUUUCGAAAAUCUGUCUUUGGCCAACGGUACGCCCCUCUCGACGACAAUCCAAUCAGUAAAUCGAUUCUUCUUGAAGCAAAUGGCACAUGACUACGUCACAAUGGCGACGAGUGGUGACGGUAUUGAGGAGGUCAUUGCGAGCAAAGCCUUUGAGGCCAUUCGUUGCAUGUAUUGCAACAAUGAGACAACCAAGCCCGCAAGCACCUAUGUGCACGACCUUGUCUAUCCCCAACUCGAACCAAAGCACUCUAUGAGAUACAUCAAGUUUUCGUCCAUCUUAAAGACCACCAUCGAACGAGAAGCUAAGAACCGAGGCUGGUGCAGUCGAUGUCGAAGAUAUCAACAGUUGGCAAUCCGAAAAACAGUUCGACAACUGCCUUUCGUGUUGAUGAUUAAUGCGGCACUGGGAACUAACCCUGCAAUGCGCGGAAUUUGGGAGACCCCCGGUUGGCUCCCUUCCGAGAUUGGCGUUAUCGUACAGGAUAGGAACGUGUACGUUUUCGAAGGUUCCGACCUAGCCUUGCAUCAGCGAAACAAAUCCCCGGGCCUGGUGAUCUAUGAGCUGGUGGGCUUCGUAGCCGAGAUUGACACCAGUGAACGUCAUCAACCUCACCUCGUCAGCAUGGUGAAUGUGGAGGUUUCCAGCAGUGGGCCCGAGGUCACUCCCAACCAGAAAGUAUUUCCUAACUGGCAUCUCUUCAACGACUUUUUGGUGUCUCCAGUCGAUCCGAGAGAGGCCCUCCAUUUCAACAAAGGGUGGAAAAUGCCCAGCGUCCUUGCCUAUCAAGUCAAGAAUGCACACGGUAGACUUGAUCACAACUGGAAACGAGGCAUGGACACAACUUUAUUAUACCAGCACUAUAGCGUCAAUGGUCUCUAUCCUAAAGAGGGUUGUAAAAUCCUCACGCCCGGAGAGCGCCCAGAGAAAGGGACUCCCAUCGCGCUGGACACCGAAUUCGUCGAAUUGGAGAAAGCCGAGAUCAAUGUCAAGGCUGACGGAACACAGGAAACCAUCCGGCCAGCGAAGUCUGGCCUUGCACGUGUUAGCGUGGUACGUGGGCAGGGUGAAAACGAAGGAGUCCCUUUUAUUGACGACUACAUCACCAUCUACGAACCGAUUGUCGACUACAAAACUCAGUAUUCGGGCAUCCGCCCGGGGGACCUCGAUCCCCAAAUAUCAAAUCACAACCUGGUGCCUCUAAAAGUGGCUUACAAAAAGCUAUGGAUUUUGCUUAACCUCGGCUGCAUCUUUGUUGGACACGGGUUGGCAUCGGAUUUUCGAAAGGCCAAUAUUCAUGUCCCGAAGUCUCAAACAGUCGACACGCAGUUUCUGUACCUCGCCCCUGGCAAGAACCGGCGGUUUUCAUUGCGAUAUCUUGCGUGGGCAGUAUUUAAGGAAUACAUCCAGGAAGAAACUACGCUGGAUGAGGCUAUGCAAACCGAUGGGCAUGACAGCAUUGAAGACGCGCGCAUGGCCUUACGCUUGUGGCGUAAAUUUCAGGAGUACGAAGAUGCGGGCGUCGCAGAGCAGAUGAUUGAGGACAUCUACCGCAAAGGCACGAAAUACGGCUGGAAACCUCCCCCACGCAGCAUUGGUGGCACGUUAAUGCCCAUGGAUGGUAUUGGUACUGGAGCAGCAAACAGCGCUGUACAGAGUGGGAGAAACACCCCGGAUUUGAUGACUUUGCCUUCGUCUGUGGCGGGUACACCGCUGCCGACCUCGCCGCCUAAAGGGCCUGGAAGUGCCAGCGCCAGUAGUAGUUCACUUGGAGGAGCAUUCAAGUUGAAUGCUGCGGGGGCGGGGAGCUUUGUCCCCGGGAACGGGAUCAUCAAGGAAAGUCCGCUUCGCUAG